CUUUACAUUCAUUCACAAUUCCCUUUAAAGAUAUCACAACAACUCCUUUUAGAAAUUUUAGUCAUGUCUGAUCAGCAGAAAGAACUGCAUAGAUCAACUCCAAGUUAUGAAUCCUUGAGGUUCAUGGCAGCAGGAACACUUGGUGCUGUUUUGUUAGGCUUGUCCAGUCUGACCUUUGCGGGGACAGUUAUAUUUCUGAUCCUUGUCACCCCAUUCCUUAUCAUGGCCAGCCCAAUUCUUGUCCCGGCUGUGAUAAUUCAUGCCCUGAUCAGCGCCGGUUUCUUGUUCUCUGGCGGGUCUGGCACAGGGGCAUUAGCUGCGAUGUUCUGGAUGUAUAGAAACGUCGGUGGGAAAAACCUGUUUGGGGCAGACCAACUUGAUUUCGCUAGGAUGAGGAUUGCAAGCAAAGCUUGGGUUAUGAAGGAAAGAGCUAAAGAGGGUGGACAAUCUGUGCAGAACAAGGCUCAAGAGACUACUCAAGCCUAAUAAUAUGGAGUGGGAAUAUAAGUUAUCAAGUGCAAUUUGUGUUAACUUAUCUUAGACUUUCUGAUUAUCCUAAUAAAGGGGGGAAAAUAAAAAAGAAAAGAGGGGAGGGAUGGGAGAGUUGUCUGUCUUAUUCCUACUGAUCUUGGCAGUCACAAAUAAGUUUGUAUUUUGCUCCUUUCUGAUAAAUGAAUCAAAAUAAUGACCUUUUAUUCUCUAAA